AUGUACUUUAUUAAAGUUAAAAUUAAAAUUGGGAAUAUUUUUUGGUACACCCUUGAAGGAUGGGCACAAAUCAUAAGACUUGCACGCACUAAGCCAUGCCCGUUUGAAGAGACAUACCUACUUCAUAACAACUUCUUAGAUUUCAACCAAAGAAAGGUGACAUUUGCACUAGAAAAUAAAAUAAAACCAAAGAACAAGCAAAAUCAAUAUGAAAAAGAAAAUGAAGUAAAAGAUGAGAAGCAAACAAUGUCGGUAGUGUCCAGAAAAACAUUAAGUAAAGGAACUCGGGAAUAUAGCACAUUACCAGCUGUAGCGCUACCACAGGUACCUGGCCAUUAUGCUCCCAAUUAUCACAUUGACCUUCCAGGCAGUGCAGGUGAAAGAGGUUCAGCUAAUGUUCAGGUAGUAUUACCUGUAACAGAAGGUCAUCAGCCACAAGUAGGCAUGGUACAUCCUAUGACACAACAGCAACAGAUAAUAUACACUCAAGCCCCGCCCUCACCUCUGCUUCCACCACCAUUCCCAGCAUCGUCUCCACCUCCGCUCUCACCAACCCCGUCCCGACCGAUCUCACCAACACCAUCAGCACCACUCUCAUCACCUACGUCAACUCCGCUCUCAUCACCUACGACACCCUCGUUCUCAUCCCCUCAUCUUUUAUCACCUACGUCACCUCCGUCACCUCUGCUCUUAUCACCUACGUCGCCUCCCCUCCCACCACCGCUCCCAACGUCGCCCCCACCUAAUCUCUUACCAACACCAUCACCACCGCUCUCAUCACCUACGUCAACUCCGCUCUUAUCACCUACGACACCCUGGUUCUUAUUCCCCCAUCUCUUAUCACCUACGACACCUCUGCUCUUAUCACCUACGUUACAUCCCCUCCCACCACCGCACCCAGCGUCGUCCUCUCCCAAGCUCUUACCAGCAUCAUCAUCACCGCUCUUAUCACCUACGACCAAUUCGCUCUCAUCACCUACGACACCCUCCUUCUCAUCUCCUCAUCUUUUAUCACCUACGUCACCUUCGUCACCUCUGCUGUUAUCACCUGCGUUACCUUCCCUCCCAGCGUCGCCCUCACCUAAGCUCUUACCAACAUCAUCACCACCGCUCUCAUCACCUACGUCAACUCCGCCCUCAUCACCUACGACACCCUGGUUCUUAUUCCCUCAUCUCUUAUCACCUACGUCACCUCUGCUCUUAUCACCUACGUUACCUCCCCUCCCACCAUUGCUCCCAGCGUCGCCCCCUCCUAAGCUCUUACCAGCACCAUCAUCACCGCUCUCAUCACUUAAGUCUACUUCGCUCUCAUCAUCUACGACACCCUCCUUCUCAUCACCUUACCUCUUAUCACCAACUUCACCUCCGCUUUCAUCACCAGCGUCACCUCCGCUCUUAUCACCAACGUCACGUCCUCUCUUAUCACCUACCUCACCUCCGCUUUCAUCACCUCCGUCACCUCUGCUCUUAUCACCUACGUCACCUCCGCUCUCAUCACCACCGUCACCUCCGCUCUCAUCCCCAUCAUCACCUUCGCUCUUAUCACCUCCUUCCUCACCUUAUCACUCAUUUUUUGGAGGAUAUAUGCAAGAGCAGCAUUUGAACAUAGUGUCAGUACUGACUGCGAGAAUAUUAAGUAAAGGAAGUCUAGAAUAUACCACACCACCAGCUGUAGCACCACCACAGGUACCUAGCCAUUAUGCUCAUAUUGGCCAUCCACUCGGUGCCGGUGAAAGAGGUUCUGGUUGUGGUGCUUUUCCUAUGACUGGAGCUUAUCAGCUACAAGUAGGCAUGGGACAUUCUAUGACACAACAGCUGCAGAUAGUGCAAACUCAAACUCCGCCACUACCUCCCCUCCCACCACCGCUCCCCCCAACGGCGCCAAUGCAGCCCCCACCUCCCUUAUCAUCACCGCCCCCAUCUCCACCGCUAUUACCACCACCAUCUCCUCCUCCCCCGCCACCACCACUAAACCCUUCUACUUUCACGUCUGCCCCACCACCCCCACCUCCCUUAUCACCACCGCCCCCUUCUACACCGCUAUUACCACCACCCCCUCCUCCUUUCACGUCUGCACCUCCACCCCCUCCACCCUUAUCACCACCGUCCGCUUCUACACCGUUAUUACCACCACCCUCUCCUCCUCCCACGCCUGCACCACUACAUCCUCCUCCUUCCUCGCCUGCACCACCACCCCCUUCUCCUCCCACGACUACACCAUCAUCACCUGUUUCUGAAGAUCAUAAGCAAGAGCAGCAAUUGAGUAUGCCAAGAACAUCAAGUAACGAAAGUCGAGAAUAUAGCACACCACCAGCUGUAGCACCAUCACAGGUACCUAGUCAUCAUGCUCCCAAUUAUCCCAUCGGUCAUCCACGCGUUGAGGGUGAAAGUGAUUCAGGUGAUGAAACAUUACCUGUAACAGGGGAACAUCAACCAAAAGUAGGCAUGGCAGAUCCUAUGACACAACAGCAACAGAUAGUAAAAACUCAAACUCCGCCUCUACCAUCGCUGUCACAUCCAACCCGACCUCCGCCAACACAUCAUCGCCCUGUUUCGACAAGAUAUAUGGAACGGAAGCAUUGGAGUUUGCAACGAAAGCAUUGGAGUAUGCAACGGAAGCAUUUGAGUAUGCAACGAAAGCAUUGGAGGAUGCCACCCCAAAAGAUCGAUCCCGCGGGCUCCGUGAAGGACACUGCUCACUUGACAUGUGCACGAGCGAACCACGUGUUGAGUGCUCCAGCUGAUUCUGUUGGAAUUCCGACGAAUCCAUCAACGAUGACUAAACUGGAACAACCCGCAUUGCAUCCUUCAAUUAGACCGAUCUUGGGCGAACGCGAGGUAUAA